AUGGACUCUGUUCCCCCUACGAAUCCGGUAUCCUCUGACCGUCCAGUGUCAGAGGAUACACAGAUGGUAGACAUCUAUCAGGAUAUGAAUCACUCGGGGAAGGACAUCAAGAGGGAUUCUCAAGAAGACCGUCCGUGGGGGCCUUCCUAUCCUGCCGGGCUUGGCCCUCUGAGCACCGGCCCGGAACUCCGAAGCCCCGGGCCGGGCAUUAAGAUGCAUCCUCCGGCCAGCCCGGAAGUUGCGGACCCGCCAAUGCAUAACAGCACCCCUCCUUCCUUACAAGCAUAUGUCCACAUCGUCAAUGAUAAUGGUAUCCUAGAUACCCAGAACCAUGACAAGCUUGACUCGGCAUAUUCCCCGACCCAAGGCAACGAUUCAAAGGAUGAAAUUACAACCUCGAAUUUCGAAUCUAAUUCUCCAAUAUUACCAAUGCGUCCCUCUCCGUCCGAACUGUGCAGAUCACUCCACGAAGGUGACACGCAGAUGGCGACCAGUGACAGUGGUAGUCGCAGCUUCAAUCUACAAAACCUACACAAUACUCUCGAUCCAAUGAUUGCAAGAGAUACAACCAUUGAUGAACUCUUUGGGUUGGAGCACGAUGAUCAAUCUCAACCUGAUGGCCACGGAGCAGACUACAAGUAUGAAACAUCUCAAAGCUCCGCCACCAUACCCAUAGCAAAUCUCGUCACGCCGCAGUCAGUUGCUCCCAAGUCAGCAGUCACGAAAGAAGCAAUUUCAUAUCCGGUCAAAUACUCCAAGAUCGGCAUCAGAUGGACUAUUUGUGGUUACGAUGCCAUUGCCAAAUGGGAACGAAUUCCUUCCAUCGGAUCGAUCGUCAGUGUACUGAAAAAGGCCCUCGGUUCAGAAGAAGAAUACCAAGUCAAGCACAUGUGGAACGGACCCUAUAACAAAUUCUACUCUGUCGACUGCGGAGACGAAGGUUAUGUGAUGAAAAUUACCAUGCCCGUCUGCCCACGCACCAAGACUGAAAGCGAAGUGGCAACCAUUCGCUGGACCGCAGCCAACACAACCUUGCGCGGUCUGCUGCCCGAGGUGAUUGCCUACAGCUCUUCAGCCAACAACCCAAUUGGCUGUGAGUGGAUCCUCAUGAAGCGACUUGAGGGUACUCCCUUAUCUUCGUGCUGGCGGGACAUAACACUGGAAGCCAAGGAGCUCAUCAUGAAAACCCUGGCGCAAUAUUCUGAGUGUGUAUACAGAAGUCGGUUCAAACAGAUAGGGAACAUCUACCCCGCACCCCUCCCUGGCCGCGGCAGACGUUACCAAGUUGGCAAGAUUGCUUCCAUGAGGUUUUUCUGGGACAGAGGUGCAGAGAUCGAACCGAACCAAGGACCAUUCUCCUCAAGCAAGGAGUGGUUCCACCGCAGGCUAAACCUAGCUUCCGAACAUCUCUGGCUUCGAUUCCCUGCUAUUCAACAUGGUCCGCCAAAGGAACGUGAGCGUAUAUGGCGUCUAAUUCAUAUGAGCGGGGUCAAGUCGAGACUAUGGCAGCUCCAUGACCGUUUGUUCCCUACCGACCAGGGAGAUGACGACGAAAAUGGCCAUACAAUUUCGGCCAUCGGCCGUCCUGUUGUUGUUAAUGACUCCAGACUCACAGUUCGAGGUGGAAGCUCUAUCCCAUCAGAAGGGGGUGAACAAGACAACUUUGAAACCCACCACGGACACAAAUCUUCAGCAGAUAGCACAGCCUUUAUGUCUCCAAAGGGGGACGUAUUUGAAGAACUAACGGAUUCAAACAUGGACUCGUUCAAUCAUCAACGAGAACCUGCUUAUAUAUCUUUGAAGGAAAGAUCCACUCCUGUAGCAGGAUCUCAACCCACUUCAGAGACGCAUGCACGGCGAGGCUACUCCCAUGAACCUGUGAACACUGAAGACAGCGUGUUUCUACGUACAAGUUCUGUACUGGCGCCUCCUCAAGUGGUGGACAAGGGUGAUAAACGCACACCCGGCGGCCGAAAACAUACUGAACCGCAGGUUACUACUCGCGAGAACUUCCACAAAUGGGUAAUACCUCGACUGGAUGCCGACGAAGAAAUCCAGAAAUAUUUGGGCAGCCAUCAACAUGCAGAGCAAACAAUGCUAUGGCACGACAACCUCUCAACGGACAACAUACUGGUCAACGUCGAGACUGGACAGCUCACCGGCAUCUUGGACUGGGACUCUGUUUCCUGCCUUCCCGUGUACCUUGCUUGUGAUAUGCCGGCCCUGCUCCACGAGGGGAAUCAUCGGCCACAGGAGCCGCAGGUCGAAGACUAUGCCGUGUGGAUCCCCGAUGACAACGUCGAUGAUGAUGGAAGGGGUCAUAAAGAUUUGGAUGGAAACUAUGCACAAGCAGCUUCAUCAAGGUCCGGCAACAAGUCCUCUACUUCUACAGCAUCUCCGGGUAAUUCUCAGGCAAAGAAACGCGGUCGAAUUGGUCUGGAGCAGAACUACUGGCGCGCCAUGCGCGAAUACGAAUUGACGCAUCUCCGCAAGGUCUUCAUGAAGGAGAUGAUCGGCCGAUGUCCGUCAUGGUAUCAGACCUGGAAGCAGACCAAGGUUUACAAGGACUACGAGAUGGCGGUCCAGAAUUGCGAUAAUGAGCACCUCAUCCACCACGUCGAAGACUGGUGCGAUGCCAUCGACGCGGCUCUUGAAAAAGGUCAGGAGAUCAAGCCGCCCCAAGUAUUGCACCUACAGCAUAUGCUGUAUAAAGGCCAAAAUUGGGAAGAUUGGGACGAUUUGGACGAGACCAUUGAUGAGCUCAUGAGGCCGUUCCGUGAGAAGCAACAAAAGAUCCAACAGUGGCAGGAUGAUCUCGACGAACUCGACAUGGCCAAGAAGGCCAUUUCAUCUACCAAGGGCACGAGGACAAGGUUUCUGAGGGAGAAAGCCAGGCAUGAAAGCGCGAUUGAGAAGGCCCGACAGUCUGCCGCCAAAGCUGCCCAAGACGUUGAAUCCUUUGAGAAUCUGGACGAGCAAGGACUGGACAUGGAAGAGCUGACGAACCUACGCCGAGAUGCGCGAGACAGACUGGCCGCCGCCCGACGCGAGAUCUACCGAGUCCAACAGAAGCUCCCAGUCGCCGAAGCGCGAGUCACCGACGCCGAGGACAAAUGGGAAGCGGCCAAUGCGCGCGAGCUCGCGGCCCUCGAGCGAAUCCACUCGAGCGAGUGGUUCCAAAAGUACGACCGCGAACGCACGCACACGCACGAGACGUGGAAGAGCCUCGAAAAGGCGCUCUACAAGGAGUACGGCCCCGACAACACCUGGUGGAAGCACCGACUGGAGCCUCUCGGCUAG